AUAAUAACCAAUUCAGAUUCAAUGGAGGCGGAGGUCGAUAGUCGCUGUGAUUCCUCCAAAAUCAUCUGUCUUCUUCGCAGGUUCCUCGAAAUUCAGGAGCGAAGAGCCCACGCUUAUGCAAAGCUUAAAAAGGGUUUUGCAGACUAUAUGGUUUCAGGAGGGGAAUCAGUUUACCAACAACUCUGCAGCGAGAUCACAGUAGAAUUCAAUGAGUGUUCAAAACAGGUCCUUGAAAUGGAGUCACUAUUUCUGAGCCCUGAUUGCUUCCGAGAUGAUCUAGCUCACCUUGUCAGAUCUAUUCAAGUACAGGAAAAGCAGAAACUGCAACUGACGGCCACAAUUCAAGUGUUGAAGAAGGCAGGUCGUCCCUCAGAACGUCUGGUAAGCCAUGAGAACUGCGGAUUUAAGAGGCCUAUGCAGCAUGAGUGUGUGCAUGUCCAUGAGAUAACUGAAGCAGCUGGUACUGAGGAGGCCGAGGCUGAUGCAGAGUAUGAUAAUGCUCUUAAGGAAGCCAUUAGAGGAGUGCAGGAUGCGGUGACCACCAUAAAUGAACAUUUGGAAGAAGUUAGGUAUGAAAUUGCAGCCCUAGAGGCUGAAUGAAUGAAUGACCUUCCUUCUUUCUGAUUUCAAUAACUUGUAAGUAAAGUUUAUUGACUUAAAGUUGUGUUACCCAUAAAUGUUUAGAGAAGUGACUAAUCCAAACUUGUUAUGACAUGCGAGCUGUCAUUAAAGUUCAAUUUAGUGGUUUCAUCAAAUAUAAAGAGAUAAUCGUAUUUAGCAGGGCCUUUCCUCA